GGCAUUAACAGUGUACAACGGUAGUAGUGUAUCAGAGGAGAGUUUAUUUAAAUUAAAAUAUAAAACUGUAAUGAAAUAACUAGUGACAGUGUCUAACAAAUAAUAAAACCGCCUCUUUCAUUAAAUUUUAUACGGAAACAAUAACAUUUAUUCAUAAACCGUAAUUACUGGGCAAUGCAGUCGAUGCUAUCCAGGAGGUAUUUAUAAUAAAUAAAAUUAAUUCGUGAUUCAAAUAAAUCGAAAUGGGAAAACUGCUGAGUCUAUUGGCCCGUGAUGAUUCAAACUGUUGUUCUUCGCCACGAUAUGAUAUAUUCUUAGAUUUUGAGAAUGCUGCACCCACUGACACAGAGCGCGAUGUUUAUGAAGAAGUGCAAAGAGUUCUUUUGGAUUCAGACAAAAUCUUAGAAGAAAUACAGUGUUACAAAGGAGCUGGAAAGGAAAUACGAGAAGCGAUUGCAGACCCCUCGACUAUAACCCAAGAAAGGGCUUGGCGCGCCGUCAAACCCUUAGUGGAUAAACUGCUCAGAUUUUAUAACCAUUCACUGGAGUUGAAACGGGUUGUACCACGUCUCUUAGGUUCACUUGUGGGGGGAUCAAUGAGUCCCACGCAACACUUGGAACAACAGCAAGCCCUAGUGAAACAAUUUGCAGAAAUAUUGGAAUUCGUUCUGAAAUUCGAUGAACACAAAAUGAAGACACCAGCCAUUCAGAACGACUUCAGUUACUACAGAAGAAUCGUAUCACGCAGUGGCCUCAUCAAUGCAGAAUUACCUCCAGGGGAAGAACCGCACAUCGGGGCAGAGGUUGCAAAUCGAAUGUCCUUGUUCUAUGCACAAGCAACACCGAUGCUCAAAGUGUUGUCAGAAGCAACAAGCCAAUUCGUCAACGACAAUCAACAGGACUUAGAAAAUACAACAGAAACGCUCAGCACGAUGGCCAAAGUGUGUUUAAGAAUGUUGGAAAAUCCAAAACUGGUGGCCCAAUUCAGCCGCGAGGAGACAUCCCUCUUGGUUCUCCGAGUCAUGGUCGGGUUGAUCAUACUUUACGACUGGGUACAUCCUUCUGGAGCCUUCUGCCGUUCGUCAUCAGUUGAUGUGAAAGGUUGCGUGAAGUUCCUCCAACAGCAACCUCCUCCCAAAGCGGAACCUCUCCUGAACGCCCUCAGGUACACCACGAAGCAUCUAAACAGUCAAUCGACGCCGAAGAACAUACGAGCGCUUCUGGCUGCGUGAGGACACCACUCCAGCCUUGCAUGUUGCUGUGGGGAAUGAGGUGACAAUAAAAAUGUGGGGAUUUCUCGUCGGCAUUUAUUUUGCUCGUUUAUUAACUGUUGGUUGUAGCGUGAUCUCGAAAAAAAUAUGAUUGCAAUCAUAGAUUCCUUUUGGACAAAUAUUCCGUUAAGUUUGUUUCGUAACCUAAUGUCGUUUAAAUCGUGGAUAGCAAAAACUGGCCUUUCAUAAAUAACAUUUUCCGCCUUGCCGCGCAUCUAGUUUUGGUUUUCAUAAUGCGUUUAUAAAAAAUAUGAAAUGGGUAAAUAUAUUUUCGAAAAAUACAUAUCUAUUAGACAUUUUAAGAUUCGUUAAAAAAUAAUUCUGUCAAUUAGUUAUGUUUUAUGAACCUUUUUUUUUUUGAUUAAACCUUUGCGCGCCUCCGCCUGAUCACCAGCGGGCUUCGUAUUGGCGGAUUUCUAACCGAUUUACGAUAGACAUCGAAAAUAGAUACGUGUAAUGCUUUCAAUUAUAAGAACCGUAAGUAUUCUAAAUAUUAUUAUGGGUUCAUCCGGUUUUGCGUAUGUUAUUUAUCGAGGAAUGCUUGACGAUGUUUUGGGAAUUAAACGGUUCCUAUAGUCGUGGACUAGUCGAAAUCAUAUGUUUUAAGCAACAUAAGUGAAACCUGACGUUAUUUUUCUUUCUAAUUACCAUUCGCCCAGACGAGAUAUUUCGA